AUUAUUAAUUAAACCUUGACAUUCAAUGGUAUAACCCGCCCGUUUUUACUCCUCUCCAGUAAUAAAAAAUUUAUAGCUUGUAAAAUUUCGAUUUAAAAUAGUAUCAUUGAAAAUUACAGAUCUGUUACGAGAAAAAAUGGUAAAAAAAGCAUAGCCAGAUUGUUUAAAUUAAAGGUUCGUGUUAUCAACCGACUAAAAUAAUCUAGCUUUGUCAAUUUUCUUAUCACUCCUAACAAGGUUAAAUGAAUAUUGCAUUCCUACCUGUUUAUUAUAUUGGUAUUUUUAUUUUUGCUAGAAAAAGCAAGGCUGAUUUUAGUGGUACAGAGAUCGAGACCUGUAAAUCAAGUGUAUUAAACUGGGAUGGGAGGAAGAGAUUUUUAAGCUCAUGCUAUGAUACUAUUAAAAGGAAAAAACCGUCUCUUGUGCUUACUAAAAACAUUUUUCACAUUGAUUUGUUUUGGUUUUCUGCUCAGCUUUUUCUACCUCCUACGUCUUCAUCGUAAGUAUAUCGAUAAUCAUUGAUGACAACGAUUUCAUUUAUAUAAAUCUUAUUGUUGAUUGUUUUAGCACCGAGAUUUUUCAAAACUCUACAUGACUUCCAAAUUGAAGGCUGUACAAUAUCUUUUCAAAAUGAGAGAAGGACUCUAUAUUAAAAUACCGUUUAUAUCAUCUCAUCAUAGACCGGCUUAUAAACAUCACAAUGCUACUUGGUUUAUUUAUCAUCUAUCUCCAAACAAAUGGGUCGUUGGUCAAAAGAUAGGAGUAAGGAGAUCUAGUGUAGUUAUAAAACAUUCCGCCAAAUAUCCUCAUCUCGUUAUGGGUAAUUGGUCUAUAUAUAAUUCGAUAAAAAAGCAAUGGAGGAAUACUAUUAAUCUCGAAGUUGUUUGCGAAGAUAUUCAAAUAGUUAAAGAUAUUUAUACUAAACGUAAACCUCUUCCUGAAGAAUUUAGUUCUGUUAACUGUUCAUUCAAUCAACCUUCCAUUUGUGGUUAUACCAUUAUAUCGAAUGAUAAAUUCACUUGGAAGUGGUCGAAUGUGGGUACUCCCUCAUCGCAUACUGGUGCUCCUACUGGAUCUAGUUUAAAAUGUCCAGACCCUUUUGUCUAUACAGAAGCGUCUCUCGGCUCAUUUAACGACGAGACUAAACUCGUAUCCUCUUUUUAUAAACCAAUACAAGAGAAUUAUUGUUUAAGAUUUAAUUAUCACGUUUAUGGUGAUCAUAUUGGUAAAUUAUUAGUUAAAUUGGAUUGCCAUAAAAAAACAAAUAUUUUAUUGAGAAUUACGGGUAAUUUUGGAAAUGAAUGGAAAUUGUUUAUGGAUAAUGUUACUCACCAAGUAAAUGAUCAAUGUAGAAUAUUAUUUGUCGUCCUAAGAGGUCAUGGAAUAAGAGGAGAUAUUAGUAUUGAUGAAAUUUCAUUACUACCUGGAUAUUGUCCAAUAAAGCAAAUGGAAUCGUUAGCGUGCGAUUUUACGGAUAAAGAUUUAUGCGGUUAUGUACCUAAGCCCGGUCUUCUUACAUGGAAUUCCCAAUUUGAUCCUGAGACUGGUUUAGAGAAAUUAUUAGUCAAUUCAAAGUUGGCAUGGUCAAUUUCUGGUCAAAAAGCUUAUCUGCUGUCACCCUAUUUUAAUUUUAAAUCGAAAAAUUCUUGUUUAAGAAUAACUUAUUUAUUAGACGGAAGUGCUUAUUUGAAAUUAAACAAUUUCGAGAAGAAGACCCUAUGGAGCGUUAAAGGAGAUAAAGGAAACGCUAUUAAUCACGCCUAUAUAGAAAUAAAUGAUAAAAAGAACAGAUUCGAAUUAGAAGCUGGCUCAUUCGGAAUAAUUAAGAGAAUUGAAUUAAUUGAAACCUUUGUCUAUACUGGUAAAAGUUGUAAAAAUGUUAAAAAAGCCUGUCCUGACAACUACUGGCAAUGUACUCAUUUUCACGAAUGCAUACCUAGGAAACAAAUAUGCGAUUCCAUUAUCAAUUGUUAUGAUAAAAGUGAUGAGUAUCAUUGUAAAACACCUUGCAGUGCAAUACGAAUUAAAGAACCAGUUACAAUUGAGGGUUUAUUUAAAUUGCAUAAAAUUAUUGGUGAAUUAGUCGUUUAUCAGUCGGCUACUAGUUCUCUUUUCAAAUAUGAAUUUUAUAAGAAUGGAACGGCUUGUUGGAGUUUAAACGAUAAAAUUAUUGAAUGCAAAAGAAGAUCUCUAAAUAGAACUAUUUGCCAUUAUUGCCAACCAAACGAAUAUCAAUGUGAAAAUAGUAUGAAAUGUAUUGAUAAGCGACUUGUCUGUAACGGAGAUUACGAUUGUGGAUAUAAAGACUUAAGCGACGAGGAAAAGUGUCCUUGCGGAGAAGAUGAAUUUACUUGUUCCGACGGAAAGUGUAUACCUUUGGAACAGAGAUGCGAUGGUUUUUACGAUUGCUUAGACGAUGAAAGGAAUUGUACAAUAAAGGAAUGCGAUAAAUAUCAAUGGAAAUGCUCAACUGGAUUUUGUAUAGCUAUAUCGCAACGAUGCGACGGAACUGACGAUUGCGACGACAGUUCGGACGAAUCCGAAUGCGCGUUAUUAGAUAGGAACAAUACACUAAUGUACGAAAAACCUGAGCCACUACCAGUUUGCUCGGAAGGAUGGUCGGCAGCUUUUGGCGAAGUUGCCUGCGCUCAAGUUGGAGGAAUAUAUCGAUCAAUGAAGUUUAUGGAAUAUAAAGGAGAAAUAAAACGUUUCCUUAUGCUUCAACAGUAUUUAGCUGGUACCAAUGUACAAAACUUUUCAGCUAUAUCUACUAAAUAUAUGCAAGGAAUACUCAUAGAAACGCCAUAUUGCCCCUACAAUAAAGUUAUUACGUUAGACUGCAGACGAGAUUUACAAUCUUCGUGUGGAAGGAAAUCGACAAAGGAAAACCAAAUUGCCUCCUAUAUCAUUGGAAGUUUUGAAAGCGAAACUAACGCUUGGCCCUGGUCUGCCCAUUUGCAAAUAAAAACUAGAAAAUGUGGUGCUACCGUUGUUAAAGAUCGUUGGGUUUUAACGGCCGCCCAUUGUGUUAGUAACAACGAUCCAAAACAAAUACAAAUACGAUUGGGAAAUUCAGCAUUAUUUAGGACUGAUAGUUUUAAGUCAGGUGUUAAGCGUAUUAUUGUUCAUCCGAAUUACGAGAGAAACAAAUUUCCUAUUAAUGAUUUAGCCUUAUUAGAAUCCGAAAAACCACUUAAUGUUACGCCAAUUUGCUUACCAAAAAUUGAUAGUGUUUUUCAAGGGAGAAAGAAUUGCUUUAUAGCCGGUUGGGGUCGGACAAUUGCAGAAGAGAAAUCGAGUAAACCUAUUAGGCUGAGAGAAGCUCAUAUGCACGUUUGGAUGAAUGAAAAGUGUGAAUUAUUUUAUACUAAAAACGGAUUUAUCAACUCAUCUUUAUACUAUUGCGGUGGCUACGAAUCUGGAAAAAUCUCUUCCUGCUUAGGCGAUAGCGGUUCACCAUUGAUGUGUCCCAGUAAGCACAACACGUGGGAAUUGGCUGGGGUGACUAGCUUCUCGUCUUCCUUGAAAUGUUCCCAGCCUGGAAGUCCAAGCGUGUUUGUAAAAGUCAACACUUACUUGAAAUGGAUUCUUGGUAUUAUUAAUGUUUAA